UCGCGAUUCCAACUGAGCGCUCGCCACCUAGCGGGCGCGCCUGGAAACGGCCCUAACAGGGUCAACCUUGAAAGGAGAUAUGGUAUCACGUUGCGCGCGUCGUGAUAGCGGCCGCACAGUUCCUUUAUUUUCGCCAUGCCGCCGCGCGCGAGCCCGAAAAAGAAGAAAGCGAUCUCCAAAGAACAUUGCUGUGUGCCACAAUGCGUGGCAUCGCGGUGGAAAGGUGGCAACGUAUCGUUCCAUCACUUCCCGAAGGAUGCAGACGACGCGCAACGGAGAACGGCGUGGAUCAGAAACUUACGCAUUGGAAAGAAGGUGACCGGCACUAUGGUGGUUUGUUCAAAUCACUUCGCUCGAGACGACUUCAUUCUCCCAG